AUGGAUUUUCUGGUUGCUUCGUCGUCCCAAGAACUGGCGGCCAGGUUGCAAGCCGGCUUCCAGUACGGGAACAACGCUCACCUGAGCGGCACCAGGCUGCCCGCGCUCCGCCCGUGCACCCCGGCGGACCUCAUCGACCCCGACCGGCCGCAGCCGUUCAGCGCCGGCAUCGCGCCGCAGGUCACGGCCCCCGGCGGCGGCCACGGGCACGCGCCGUCGACCAAGGCGCUCGCGACCGUGGUCGUCGUCGCCGUGGCCCUCCUCGCGGCCACGGCGGCCGGCCUGCUCGCACUCUCGUGGCGUCGGUGCCGCACGCAGAGGGUCGCCGGGGGCUCGCCGCCCACGGCCGCCGGUGGCCCCGAGGCCGCCGCGGCGAAGGCAUCGUCGGCUCGCAAGAGCGCGUCGUCAGCGCUGGCGAGCCUCGAGUACUCCAAAGCCUGGGACCCACUCGCCGACGCGCGGGGCGGCGGCGCCGCCGCGUGGCUCGGCUUCUCCGCGCGCCCGCGCCGGCCCCGCGAGACAGCAGGCCGCGACGCGCCCAAGCGCGCCUGCGCAAGCCACCCUUCUGCCGCCGCCGCCAGCCGUGGGAGCCACGCCCCGGCAGGAGCCCCUUCUCCCCACGCGCAAGCAUCAGCCAUGGCCGUGGAGAGAGGUAGAAGAAAGGUUGUUUUGCCACAAGACCCCUACAGUUUCUUUCUUUUAUGUGUAUCUUUUCAUGUGUCUUGA